AUGGAUACCUUGUUUAGGCUAGUUAGUCUCCAACAACAAUCUGAGCAAUCUUUGAACUCUACAAGCAGAACCUCUAGUAGCUCUAGAUCAUCAAGACAAAACAACAACAACCAUCAUCAUCACUACCAACAAGAAGACGAAGAAUGCUUCAACUUUUUCAUGGAUGAGGAAGACUUCUCUUCGUCUUCUUCGAAGCACUACUAUCCUUAUCACCAUCAACAACAUGCCACCACCACUACUCCUACAACGACUACCACUAACACUAGCACCCCUUCUCCUUACCAGGCCCUUGAUUCCGCUGACUUCUCUUUCUCCCCUUCUCGUGACCUAAACUUUGAGUUUUCCGGCAAGUGGGCCACCGAUAUCCUCCUUGAAACUGCUCGUGCCAUCGCGGAUAAAAACAGCGCGCGUGUCCAGCAAUUGAUGUGGAUGCUCAAUGAACUUGCCUCACCUUAUGGUGACACAGACCAAAAACUUGCUUCUUAUUUUCUCCAAGCUUUGUUUAGCCGCAUGAUCGACUCCGGCGAGAGAUGUUACCGUACUUUAGCUUCAGCAUCAGACAAAACUUGCUCUUUUGAGUCCACAAGGAAAAUGGUAUUAAAGUUCCAAGAGGUGAGUCCUUGGACAACUUUUGGUCACGUAUCUUGUAAUGGCGCAAUUAUGGAAGCAUUUGAAGGCGAAAGCAAAUUGCAUAUUAUUGAUAUUAGUAACACAUAUUGUACCCAAUGGCCUACUUUGCUCGAAGCCCUAGCAACUCGCACCGAUGAGACUCCACACUUGAGGUUAACCACUGUAGUGGCCACCAAGAGUAGCGGCGGUGAUCAUAAUGGUGCAACUAGUUCAGGAGGUUUGGCUGCAGCUCAGAAGGUAAUGAAAGAAAUCGGUAACAGAAUGGAAAAAUUUGCGAGGCUCAUGGGAGUCCCAUUUAAGUUUAAUGUUAUCCACCAUGCUGGCGAUUUAUGUGACCUAGACUUAGCUGGAUUGGAUGUUAAAGAUGAUGAGGCUCUUGCCAUCAACUGUGUGGGUACUUUACACUCAAUCACUCCACUUUCUAAUCGCCGAGAUUAUUUUAUAUCAAGUUUUAGAAGAUUGCAACCAAGAAUCAUUACUGUUGUUGAAGAAGAAGCUGAUCUUGAUGGGCUGCAGGAUUUUGUUAAGGGUUUUCAAGAAUGCUUAAGAUGGUUUAGGGUUUACUUUGAAUCAUUGGAAGAGAGCUUUCCAAGAACCAGUAACGAACAGUUGAUGCUUGAAAGAGCAGCAGGCCGUGCCAUCGUUGACUUGGUGGCGUGUCCUCCGUCCGAUUCGAUCGAAAGGCGGGAAACAGCCACGCGCUGGUCCGGACGCUUUAAUUCAUAUGGUUUUAGCUCGGUAAUGUUCAGUGAUGAGGUGUGUGAUGAUGUACGCGCCUUGCUGAGGAGGUACAAGGAGGGUUGGUCAAUGACACAGUCCGGGGAUGCCGGAAUAUUCUUGUGCUGGAAGGAGCAGCCGGUGGUAUGGGCUAGUGCAUGGAGGCCUUGA